AUGCGAGAACAGAGCGACGAACAGAGUCAGCUGUCGCCGGAUAUCCGCCAUGCAGCACGAGUUUGUGCCUGCAACGCGGCAGGACGCAAGAUCCGGGAAGCAGAGCCCACACGAGCAGCGAGCGAGAAAAUCGGAGAAAAAAACGCGCCUUUGCCUGACAACAAUGACACACUGGUCAAGUGCCGCGAAUUCGGGGUCGAGGAACUGAAACCCAACCAGGAGGAUCGACACUCGUCUCGCCGAUCCUCACCAUCUGAUCAGCGAGACGCUGGGAGCGCGGUGGACUGGCUGCAGCCAAAUCUUCCACCUACUGUCUCGAGCAACGAGAUGCAAUCCGGUCACGAUUCUGCUUUCUCUCGACUCUAG